CUGCCUACAUGCAUUGUUGACCGCGCCUAGUCGUUAAAGCCGUCAUUAAAAUUUCACUAGAAUAAACACGUCUUCUCCUUUAGUUUUUAGCUGUUCUUCUCCUCCGUGCUUUUCCCUUGUAUCUGGCUUUAACUACUGGGUCUGCUCCUGUCACUCCUUUUUUUCAUUAAUUCACGCUCAGAACAAUAAUGAACGAAGACGUCGUGAGAAGAGGCUAUGUUAAAGUGUCUGCUACUAAAGGACUGGGUAACUCACUUAGUCUUAGACAAAGAAAGUACUGGGUGGUCCUCAAGGGAGAAUCUCGCAGCACUAAAGCCUGUAUUGAGAUUUACAAAUCUGAAGAUGAUGUCCUCCGCAAAAGCCCGACAAAACUAGUCGCCAUCGAUCAGAUAAGUCGACUUCAGAGUGUCAUUGAGCGGAAAGAGCUGACUCUCGUUAUGUAUGCGGAAUCUGUGUCGCUUAUCUGUUCAUCUCGAGCUGACCAUGAUGACUGGUUGAAAGACAUUGAGUCGGUAAGAGGAGGACAGACCGGGGGAGGAGGAGGAGGAGGAAAAGCUGCAAAAGGAGCAGCAUUAAGUAAGAGUACACCCGAUGAAGGCCCGUUUCGUGUGAGGCUUCGUCCAUCUCCGUCCCUUCUCUUCCAUGGCUCCUGUAUUCUGGAGAUUCAGAAGGACUUUGAUAGGAAUAUAUUCAACAUUGCUCUGUUUGCUGAUGAGAUACCUCCGAGACUCAUAGUCAAGUGGCAGAUUGAUCACAUCAGGCAGUAUGGAUCCAAUGAGAUUGCGUUCAAAUUUCAGAGUGGGAGUAAAUCUCCAACUAACGUUGACUGGUUUAUAUUAGACACUGACUCAGGUGAUGCCCCAAGGAUACACAGAGCAGUUGAUUAUUGGGCGCACCAUAUAGUUGAACAGGCCAACAACAUGAUACCCUCCAGGAGCUCAUCAGUCGGAACCAAUAUACGUCCGACGAGUUCUUUGCCUAUUUCUCCUCCAGUUCCUCCUCUUCCUACUGCUAUGCGUACCAGCUCCAUACCUAAUGGCAACGGGAGUGGAGUGUAUCAACCGCUCAUUGCAUCAACUGUACAACCAACUCCUAUUUACGAUGGGAUUGAUAAUAGACAGGUACCGUCAUCACCGCCUCCAGCCAUCCCUCCUCUUCCCUCCUCUCUUGGUGGCAGUAACAGCGUCUACCAACCUCUCACUCACACUCCUAACGGGAUGAGUCCACGCCCCUCACAGGAAUAUGCAGGUCUCAGCGAACUAACAAGAGAACCCUCUCAGCGUCACCUCCCUCCCCCCGUCCCCCCCUCUACCUCGGUUCCUUCUCAGAGUGCCGACUACAUGGGGUUGAAUUUUUCGUCGAGGGAUCAGCCAGCAGAGUCGACCUACAUGGACCUCAAUGUGCCAAAGACAUGAAGUGGAGAGAGAGAUGAGAGAGAGAGAGGAGAGAUUAUGUGAGUGUAUCUGUAAUGUAGUUCUUCAUUUCAUUUUUCGCACAUAUUUUGUAUUGAUAUUUUACUACCUUUAGAAUGUAGGGGCCUGUGUUGCAAUAACCACCUUCAUAAUUUAUUAUUAUUAUUAUUGUCGUAAUUAUUGUUAUUAUUAUUAUUAUUAUUAUUUCAUGUUUUGGUUUCUGUUAUGAAAAGAGAGAGAGCUGUAAUUAUUAUUAGUUGUUUUACGUCAUCCGUUGUAUUAAAAAUGUA